AUGUUCUGGGUUAGAAACAAAAGCGAUUCUCUAUUGAAUAUCGCUAGACGAUUGAUGGAUCCUGUCAAACAUCCGGAUAUAGCCGCUCUUGGACUCGAAGCAAAUGCCCUUGCAUUUCCUGAUGGAAUCGCGCCAAAGCCGUGGAGUUUCAACAAGUUUCGACGGCUUGAAUUCGUUAAAAAGGCUCAUCCCUUUCAUUGGGGAGGCUUGAGCAAAUACAUCUACUUGACACAAUAUGCGAAACUGCCAUGGAUUCACGGAAUGCGCAUGUUUUACGCUGGGAAACGCUCGGAGUCGAUUCCCAAAGAGCAAGCCGUCAUGUUGCAUAUGCGAAACAGCUUCCUCAACACAAGUCAAGGCAACAAAGUCUUUCCCGAAUAUCAGAUGUUUGAGGAUGAGGCUCUUCCCGAAUUGGAUAGCAUUUUGGGCGAGAUCUUUGGCGAAGAGCUGCCCGACUACAAGACGCCAGAGACGAUGCCAAUUGUGGUCAACUGUACUGUUAGAUCGAUAAGCGAGAUCCCGGGUCAAGCAUGCAACAAGCCGACCGGUCGUGUCUGCUACGAGGCCGUGCAGGGAAUUGACGAAUGGCUUCUCGCGGUGCCCACAGAAGACAGCCAAUUUAUUGUUGUU